CGCGAAGUGGAUUUUGAUCCGUUUGAAGCGCCAGAGUUGUAUUGGGCACAUAAAGCUAUUGUUGAGGCCUCAGAUCUGUUUGUUUACAACUACUUGCCUUUCCAAGAUCACAGCGAAAGUGAUUUAAUUCACCGGAUUUGGGAGUUUGUAGAAAAAUGUUUUGACGGCUCCAGUCUCAAGGUUCAAAGUGGUGAGAAAGGCAGUACAGCUUCUGGAGAGCGAAGAAAUGCGACCCGUGGAUCGAGCAUUAGUUCCACUGGUCAACUAGCGCACAAGUGCAUGGGCACAAGGGUAGAUAUGCGCUUCUCGUCGAAUGGUCGCGAAUACGGAUGCACAGAAGCCGGGUUGUCAAAUGACAUUAACAGCACUAAGACGAUCCAAGAAGGAAGAAUGAAGCUGCCUCACACCAUGAAAGAUAUGUUUGUGCAUCUCGUCGCUGAAGCCCCAUCUGCGAUUCGCAAUAUCAAGGUAGUGGCUUCUUGA